GAAAGGGGGACGACGCGAUCCUGCGCGCCCUGGAGGAGGCUGUCGAAAUAGUGGGCAAGAACACCCAGAUCCUGCUGGAGCAUUAUGUGGGAGAGGAGUCUGGGGUGUCGUUGGGGGAGCAGGCUGCGGCGCUGCGCCGGGGCGUUGCGGCACAACUUUCGGAGCUGACGGCAGUGGCACAGGAGGCUUCCCUGGAGCCACGGGCCUCCCUGGCCGCCGAGCGUGCCGUGCGCUCCUUUGCCGGGCGCUGGCGCACGCCGCCCGCCGGCGCUAACGCCUCGUUGCGGAUGCUUUCUGACGAUGUGUCCGAUUUGCACGUGGCGGUGAUGGCCGUUUCGGGCCGCAAGCUCUCUAUGGUGGAGGAAGUGCAGCAAGGCUCUCUGCAGAUGGCGGCGUCGAUGAACGACUUCUUGAAG